AUGGCUGAAGAGCUCACGGCGCCGCCCGUUCUAUCUACACCUGACGCGCAUAUAUUGACAGAGACUUUAGACUCAGUACAAGAUCUGCCCAAAGCUCUGUCCGAUGAGCAGAUAAAGACGAGAUAUGAAAUACGCAGGACAAUCGACGAGAUCAGGCAGCGGAGGUGGAAGCGUGUGGCACUGCAAUUUCCCGAUCAGAUGCUGCCACAUUCUGCACGAGUCUACCAGCUGUUGACCCGUGGGUUGUCAGAAAAUGUGAAGCCAGUUUCCACGAGCCGAAAUAGCAGCUCUAAGGGCUCCCUGGAUGCCAAUGAAGGCUUGUUAUCCGAACUUUCAAUUGAGGGCACGGAGUUCGUCAAACUCACCAUCCUGGGCGACACGUCUUAUGGCUCAUGCUGCGUUGAUGAGAUAGCAGCCGAACAUGUCGACGCAGAUGCAGUGGUCCACUACGGCAGAGCUUGCCUGUCUCCCACCACGAGGCUUCCGGUUCUGCAUGUAUACACUACCAUGGACCUGGACCUAAGUGACGUGGUCAAGUCAUUCCAAACGGCCUUUCCAGACCUUGCUGCCAAGGUGGUCUUGACAGCUGACGUUCCGUUCGCCGCUCAUGUGCAGCGACUGUUCGAUAACCUCGAGGAACUCGGCUAUACGAACCUGUACGCAGCUUCGAUUGUCCACGACCCAUCCUCGGCAAUUCCGAAUCGCACAGUGCCGAGUUCAGUUUCUGGCGAUCCGUCAUCUCUGUCAGAAUGGAGUCUCUUUCAUAUCUCUGAUCCGCCAACUUCGCUUCUCCUGACACUCCAUUCCCGAAUGGCAAGUAUCAGAAUCUACCCACCCAGCAGUAUCCCCAACACCUCGAACCCAGCUCCGACAUCAUCCGUCAGCCUGGAAACUUCCACAUCCCAGCUACUACGCCGCCGUUACGCACUCAUCACAUCACUCACCACCGUUUCCACAUGGGGCAUCUUAAUCAACACCCUUUCGGUCAAGAACUACCUCUUCAUCCUGUCACAUAUCCAGUCUUUGAUCUCCUGCGCCGGCAAGAAGUCCUAUCUCUUCGUGGUCGGCAAACUCAGCCCGGCCAAGCUGGCAAACUUCUCAGAGAUCGGCGGAUGGGUCGUCAUCGGCUGCUGGGAGAGUUCGCUCGUCGAUAGCAGGGAUUUUUUCAGACCGGUAAUCACACCGUUUGAACUGGGGAUGGUGUUGGUAGGAGACGAAGCCAGAGUCUGGACAGGCGAAUGGAGAGCAGAUUUCCAGCGUGUGCUGGAAGAUGCCGAGCAUAGGAGCGAGCAAGAGCAAGUGCGGGUAUUUGAACAGCAGAAUGCAUCACUGGAACAUGAAGGCGACAUCAUUCGCGAUAGCGAGAUUGAUAUGGAUUCCGAGUCAGAGGACGAACCGCCCGAACUUGACCUCCGAACUGGGCGAUACGUCUCACGUCCACGACCAUUGCGAAGGAUCCCACCUGCCGUUCAACCGUCCGGCACUCAUAACAACAGGUCCUCCGUGCAAAGUUCCACUGCACUCACGAAGAAAUCAAAGGGGGCUCUGAUCAGCGUCAACGGCAUCGCCUCCCCCGGGGCUGACUAUCUCGCCCAAAAACGCACUUGGCGUGGCUUGGGCAGCGACUUCGAUGUCAAAUAUGAGGAAGACGAAGCUCAAACAGGCGGCCUUAUCGAAGAAGGCAGGACCGGUGUUGCAAGCGGGUACACGGUCGGUGAGGAUGAAUUGAGGACUUAA